CCUCAACAAUGAAGGUGUUCCUCAUCUGCUGCUAUUUUGUCUUCCUAGCCGCGGCUGGGCGAGUCCGGCGACUGAUCGGAGGGGGAGAUGCACAACCUGGUUCCUGGCCUUGGCUCGGCUCCCUACAGAAGCAGCUCAGUGGCUCCUUCAUCCAUCUCUGUAGUGUCAGCAUUAUGAACGACAACUGGGCCCUGACCGCCGGACAUUGUGUCGACAACACAUCAUUUCCUCUGUCAGGCUACAAGUUGCGUUUCGGCGUCAAAAAUCCAACCGCGACAUCACCCGACCAACAGGAUGUUGGCAUCUCCAACAUCAUCAUUCACCCUCAGUGGUCCCGCCGAGGAUACGGUGAACCCAACGACCUUGCCCUCUUGAACUUUGACCAAACAUUGACCUUUAACGAGGGGACACAACCCGCACUGUUCAACAUCUCCACAUCCAGUACAACACCGCCGGAGUCGGACAUCAAUGACUGCUACCUCGCCGGCUGGGGAGCGGAGAAAGAUGUCAACUGGACUGUUCCCGAUUCACUACAGCAAGCAUCAACCCGAGUUAUCCCCCUUGCUGACUGCCACAAAUUCUUGAGCAGCAUCCAGCCUCAACAACUCUGCGCCAUCAACACCGACAGUCCAAACACCAUCUGCCACGGGGACAGUGGCGGAAGUCUGGUGUGUCGCCAUGACGAAAAAUACGUGGUUGUCGGGGUCCUGUCAUGGUCGACACUGCAUUGCCCCGUCACAAUGCCUACGGUGUGCACCAAACUAUCCUCCUUCAGCGACUGGAUCAACAGUAACGUCGCCGGUUGAACACUCGCGGCGUCACAACAUCGUCAGCUGAACACUCACAGCGUCACAAUAUCUUCGGCUGAAGACUCAAAACGUCACAUUAUCAGAUCACAGGAUUAACGUUACAGGUGUCGGUCUUUAUGUACUAUUUAGUGUCUCCGUUGAUAGCCGACAUGGUAUUAACAGACAGGAGAUAAACAUAUAUCAGGUAAACAGACGGGAGAUGCACAGAGAGGAGAUAAACAGACAGGAGAUAAACAGACGGGGCAUAAACAGACAUCAGAUAAACAGACAGGAGAUAAGCAGACAGGAGAUAAACAGACAAAAGAUAAACAGACGGGAGAUAAACAGACAGGAGAUAAACAGACAGAAGAUAAACAGAGAAGAUAAACAGACAGGAGAUAAACAGACAGGAGAUAAACAGGAGAUAAACAGACAGAAGAUAAACAGACAGGAGAUAAACACAGAAGAUAAAUAGACAGAAGAUAAACAGACGGGAGAUAAGCAGACAGGAGAUAAACAGACAAAAGAUAAACAGACGGGAGAUAAGCAGACAGAAGAUAAGCAGACAGGAGAUAAACAGACAGGAGAUAAACACACAGAAGAUAAAUAGACGGAAGAUAAACAGACAGGUGAUAAACACACAGAAGAUAAACGGACAGGAAAUAAACAGACGGGAGAUAAGCAGACAGAAGAUAAACAGACAGAAGAUAAACGGACAGGAGAUAAACAGACGGGAGAUAAACAGAGACAGGAGAUAAACAGACAGAAGAUAAACAGACAGGAGAUAAACAGACAGGAGAUAAACAGACAGAAGAUAAACGGACAGAAGAUAAACAGAC